CCUCCCGGGGCGGGGCCCCGAGCUCUGCGGACUCUGCCCGGGGUGGGCAGGGGGCUGGCUCGGCUGGCUCAUCGGUCGCAUCCCGGGUGAUGGCGGUCCCAGGGCCCGCAGCCCGAGCUGGCGCCAGGUGAGCAGGGCUAGUGAGGACAGCCGGUAGACGAGGACGCCCUGUCUGGGCAGUGGGGAAGGUGUUGCUGUCCCGGUCGGGUCCUUUCUCGCAACUCUCCUUUCAGUUCUCCGCGCUCUUUGGAACCCCGGCUUCACAGAGUGGUGCUGACUCUGCUUCAUUCUUGGAACUGAGGACACUCUUCUGCCCAGGAUAGAUCUGCAACUUGUCCAGCGGUUCCUGAGGAUACAGAAGGUUUUCUUUCCUUCUUGGUCAUCACAGAAUGUCUUAAUGUUCAUGACGCUCUUGUGUGUGACCCUCCUGGAGCAAUUGGUGAUCUACCAAGUUGGCUUGAUCCCCAGUCAGUAUUAUGGGGUCCUGGGAAACAAAGACCUGGAUGGAUUUAAGGCCCUGACCUUCCUGGCCGUGGCGCUCAUUGUUCUCAACUCCAGCCUGAAGAGCUUUGACCAGUUCACCUGCAACCUGCUGUAUGUGAAUUGGAGGAAGGACCUCACCGAGCAUCUGCACAACCUGUACUUCCGGGCCCGAGUGUACUACACCCUCAACGUGCUGCGGGAUGACAUCGAUAAUCCGGACCAGCGCAUCAGCCAGGACGUGGAGCGGUUCUGCAGGCAGCUCAGCAGUAUGACCAGCCGGCUGAUCGUCUCCCCCUUCACCCUGGCCUACUACACGUACCAGUGCUUCCAAAGCACAGGCUGGCUCGGGCCUGUGUGCAUUUUUGGAUAUUUCAUCCUGGGAACCAUGGUGAACAAGACUUUGAUGGGGCCCAUUGUGACAAAGCUGGUGCAGCAGGAGAAGCUGGAGGGGGAUUUUAGGUUCAAGCACAUGCAGAUUCGAGUGAAUGCCGAGCCCGCCGCUUUCUACAGAGCUGGGCUCGUAGAACACAUGAGAACGGACCGCAGGCUGCAGAGACUCCUUCAAACCCAGAGAGAGCUGAUGUCCAGGGAGCUCUGGCUGUACAUUGGUAUCAACACCUUUGAUUAUCUGGGCAGCAUUCUGAGCUACGUUGUUAUCGCGAUCCCCAUUUUCAGUGGGAUCUAUGGAGACCUGAGCCCCACAGAGCUCAGCACCCUGGUCAGCAAGAAUGCCUUUGUGUGUAUCUACCUCAUCAACUGCUUCACCCAGCUCAUUGACCUGUCCACCACAUUCUCAGACGUCGCUGGUUAUACGCACAGGAUUGGAGAGCUUCAGGAGGCCCUGCUGGACAUGUCCCGAAAAUCCCAAGACUGUGAGAGCCUGAGCGAGAGUGAGUGGGAUUUGAGCAAGGCCCCAGGGUGGCCAGUCACAGAGCCAUCAGACACAGCUUUUCUGCUUGACCGGGUUUCCAUCCUUUCCCCCUCCUCUGACAAGCCCCUGAUCAAGGACCUGAGCUUGAAGAUCUGUGAGGGGCAGAGUCUGCUCAUCACAGGCAACACGGGCACCGGCAAGACCUCCCUGCUGCGGGUGCUGGGCGGCCUGUGGGAAAGUAUGAAGGGCUCAGUGCAGAUGCUGACUGACUUUGGGCCCCACGGGGUGCUGUUCCUGCCACAGAAGCCAUUCUUCACUGAUGGGACACUUCGGGAGCAGGUGAUCUAUCCCCUAAAGGAGAUCUACCCUGACUCAGGUUCUGCUGAUGAUGAAAGGAUCAUGAGGUUCUUGGAGUUGGCAGGCCUGUCCAGCUUGGUGGCAAGGACUGGAGGUCUGGACCAGCAGGUGGAUUGGAACUGGUAUGAUGUCCUGUCACCAGGGGAGAUGCAAAGACUGUCCUUCGCUCGCCUCUUCUACCUGCAGCCAAAGUACGCAGUGCUUGAUGAAGCCACCAGUGCCCUGACGGAGGAGGUGGAGAGUGAGCUCUAUCGCCUUGGCCAGCAACUGGGGAUGACAUUUAUCAGCGUGGGACAUCGGCCCAGCCUUGAGAAGUUUCACUCCUGGGUUCUGAAACUCUAUGGAGGAGGACGGUGGGAACUGACCAGAAUCAAAAUGGAGUGAAGCCAGACAUGGAUGCGCCAGGACAGCCAAGCCCUGGGUAGGCCUGCAGUGCCCAGGGCAGACAGUGGAGACUGGUGAGGCAAGGAGCCUCUGAUUCACCUCAGGUUCUGUGUAGGAACCCUAGUAGCCGCAGGCCCUGCCAGGCAUGUCCCUGCAGGGAACACUGAGGUCUCACCAGCGCUGCUCCUGUGAUUUUUUACGAAUGACUUCAGAUGAUGGUUGCUGAAGAAUAAACCGAAUGCACUAAAAAGUGCAAGAUCAGAAUGAGACGGCUGUGGGACUCAAGUACGCUGACUAAAUUUCAGUGAUAGAUUUUUUAAACUCUAAUUAACCACUUAAACUUUAUAAGUUUUUUUUUUAAAAAAAAGAAUAAACAAUAAAAACGUGGUUUUUCUCUACCA